UGGGCUCAGUCUCGCCAAGUGUGGUCUGCUCGGCAACUCAUCCCCAAAGCCAUGGUUCAAUGCGUUGGCGCAGGGUGUGUCAAAAAGGCCAGGCCCGAUGGCGUUUGGUGCUAUGGCCAUUGCCGCGGCAAAUGCGAGUGGCAAGGGUGCCAGAAUCCACAAGCACCUGGUUCCAGGUAUUGCUCCGGUACUUGUUCAAAUGAUCGGUACCUCGAGCCGAAGUGUGCCACUGUGGGAUGUGUCCGGCGCUCAACGACGACAUCGCGGUGGUGUGGCCCCUACUACUGCAAGGACUACGAGGGGAGGCCAAUGAAAGCACCACCAGAAGCAUACGGCGGGGCGUGAAUGCUACCAGGGCACACUGCCGUAGCCCGCCAACUUGCCCUUCCCGCUUGAACCGUUGUUUCUGAGAUUCUGAAUGCAUCCUGUAGAUUGGGGUCCAGGGUCAGAAAAGCACAGAGAUAGACUCAGAUAGACGCCCACGGAAAAAGUCA